AGUCCGUGGACAAGGCGAGCGGUAAAUAUGAACUGGGUUGGUGGAGCGAGGAAUCGAGUGCGGUUUUCAAAUGAAAGAAAAAUACAGAAGGAAUUCUUCGAAAGAAAGAAAUUUGAUGCGAAGACUGCAACUCGACACAGAGUGACUACAUCUGACAGGAAGCAUAGCGAAGAUUUAAAAGCAAUUCAUACAAUCUCGAGUAUGCAUUCAGAUACGUUUUCGUUCCAACAGCAAUGGCGACCUCUGAAGAUGCUUGACCUUGACAAGUUUAGAUCCAAAAGUUCGAUAUUUGUUGGCGAUAUUGACUUGGGACCAUCUUCACCUAUCAAAACUCCUUCGAAGUUGCAUCUUUUGGAAGCAAGUCAUCAAAAACAAGUAGCCCCGAAAAUGAACAGGUCGACAGAUGAUGACGAUUUGUUUUCCCCCAAGCCAAGUCAAAAACACCCCAGGUUAUGUUCAAGUGAUGAAAACUCUCACAUUGUACAGACGUCACAACUUAGUUACAGCCAAACUAAAUUCAAGAUACCAGGUGUACCUAAGAGGACACAAACAGUACCAAAUAGCGAUGUUGACGACAGAAAGAAAGUAUGGAACAGGAAAAUAACAGAUGAAAUGUUCAAACACUCUAGUCUGCCAAAGAAAAAGCAUAAAGCGAAGUUUGAACCAUAUAGUCAAAGCAGUCGUUGCAUCCAACAACACGAUUCUGUCAAAGAUUUGUUCGGGAUGAAUCUAAAAUUGGAUCAAGAUAUAACACUGUAUAAUCCAGGUAAAGAUAUACCUGCGGUACCUUUUGUGUCUAAAUCAACACCAAUCAAUCCCACAGGUAGGGACAUGUUCAUCACAGAGGACUUUCAGAUGACACCGAUUAGGAAAUAUCAGAUGGAAAAAAAUGUGAUACCCAAAUUAGGAUUGAGCCAUUUAAGUAGAAAUGUUGAUCUUUCGGAUCUCAGUGAUGUUGAUCAACCAGAAAAUGUAAAAAUAAAACUAAGACCUCGCGUAUUUCAAGGGGAGGAUUUCAUGCAAACACCACUAAUUAACGUAUCUCCGCCAAUCGACCUGUUUCAAGCACCACUGAAGCCAAAUUUCUCUAACGGGACAAAUUCUCAAAGGGCUGUCGAUAAUAUUAUUUUUGGAAAACAUAUUUCCCAAAUGGAUGACGAAGAUAAAGUGAAAACUAAUGGAAUAUGUUUAAAUGAAGCAAAUUUCCAGACACCAUUAUAUAAAUUCACACCCAGGACACAUUUACAACCUGUUGUGUCUGUUGAAGACAACCAUGAUAUGCAUCCAUCUGAGGAGAGCUGUCGCGAGAAGCCUAAUUGGAUGCUGCCUAGAAGCCAAGAGUCAUUUAUAACAACUCUGAAUGAUUUUAUAGAUUCUACGACUGAUCAUAGGUUUAAAGCAGGGCAUAUGACAAUAUCUGAGACAGCGUCGUUUCCAGGGACGAUCAGCAUGCAAGAUGCGCCUACAGAAUCGGCUUCGCUCAGUGUCAUUGAAAACCAUACACAAAAAGAGGAAGUAUUUGAUGAAAUCUUGACACAUGGAAAAAGAACUGCGAUGACGGAGAUCUUGGAUGAGAUGCAAGAACUCGAAAAACAAGACAAAAUGGACGAAUGGAUGAUGUUAGAUGAAUGUGAAGUUCCACAUCAGAAAGAAUCGUGCAUAGAUCAGACUGAAGAAGAGGAGAUUUUAUUUCCGAGCGACGAUGAAGAGGUGAAGGAUACCAUGAACGAUAUGUUGAUGAGAGUGGUAGCCGAUUGUAGUGAUGACUUCGAGUUUGACAGAUACGAGUCGCUAACGGAAGGCCAGUGCUCCAUUCCAACAGUCCGAGGGCCUGAUACUACAAUGGAAGAAUCCCACCCUCAAUUAUCUGAUGGAAAUGGUUCAAAUAAGAAGGAUUUGAACGAGAUAACGGCUGCAGAAUUGUCUGCAACUGACAGUGGCCAUGAUGUUUCCGAGACGAGAUUCCGUGAUGCGACUACGUCGACAAUAGAAAAAGAAACCUGUGAUAAAGGAACACAAUAUUCCCCAAAGAUAUAUAAUGAGCCUGCUUCAUUACAAGACUUGCUUUCUAGUUCUAACCUGUAUCGGCGGUUUUCCGUCAAACCGAUUCAAUUGGGACAGAAAAAAGACGAGAGAGAACAACCCAGUUUGGGAUCUGGAAAGGGAAGUUUGAAUAGCGUAGAAACUGCUUACUGCCUGAGGUCUAGGAAAAAGUUUUAACAGAUGUCUCCGAUCGCAACAUAACUCGCACUUUAGUAAGAUUCUUACAUAGGAGUUGUCUCCCUUUAACCAGUAAAAAUGAAAGCGACGGACGACAUAAAACAAAUUAGAUACUUUAUUCAUUAUCACAAAAAUAAUUCCACAUAACAUUGAACGACAUGUAUAUUGUAACUAAAUUAUGAUCACAAAAUAUUAAUGUUCUAUCGGAUUGUACAAACGGUUUUAUAACACAUAGACACUCACAAUCUGGCAUAUUUUAAAUGAAUUCGAGAUACAAAUAUUUUUGUCUUAGCAGUAUAUAGUUGGUGUUUUAAAAUGACAUCAUCACUAUCUGAAAUUUGUGAUUUCUUAAAUAAAUAGUUUAUUAUUAGCCCAUUUAAUUCGAGUUUUUAUUGUUAAAUAGUUUAUUGUUUCUAUCGCUAAUGUAUUCGUGACGGAUGAAUGUAUUUAAUUUACCAUCAAGCCAAGACGUUUCCUUUGUAUAUGAAAACAAAAUGAAGUGUAAACAUGUAGGGAUUCUAAGUGGCAGUGAAUUUGACAUUUGGUGCUACAUAUUUGUUUUAUGUUUUAUGAUUAAUAGUAUGCUUAAUGAUGACACUUGACACACACAUAUAUAUAACUUAUACGGCCAAUAAGUUAUCCUCAUCAAUCUUACGUACUUUUAGAAUAUUUCUGAUAUAUAGUAUUUGCAUGAAAAGAUCUGCAUAAACACAAGCUUAAACAUGAAUAUAUAUGUAUAUAUUCUUAUAGCGUUCAUUCAUACCGUAUUGUGGGUUGUUUUUAUAUUUUUAAAUGGAAUAUGGCAUCUUGUAAAGUUUUCUUUGUUUCGUUUAUAGCAA